AACGCUGCUCCCCUAAUUCAAGAAUAAGGACCCUGUUAGUUUACGAUUCUUGCACCUGCAUUUUGCCGAAAUUUUUUGAGAGCUACCGGUUUAUUUAACCGGUCAAUUUAUCGGUGAAUUUUGGAAAGUGUCCAUGUGGUUUUGGUAAGUCAAUUUUGAAUUUGACAAUUGGCCCUUUUAUUUCUUGUUUUGUUUUUAAAAAAAUUUUGGGAUUCUUAAUUAGUUUUCCGUUUGUGAUUUGUGUGUAGACUCGACUCUACUGACUGUGACUAUAUUUUAUUUUUUUUUCUAUUACUUUGGAAACGCAGAACACCACUCUGCUUCCCAAUAAAGAAGCGCCAAAAAUAAGUUAACUUAACAUAACCUUGAAAAUUGACAUACCGAUAUUACCGAUCUCUACUAAAAAAAAUUAUUACGAAAGAAAUUAUUAAAAUCAAAAAAAUCAAAUUAUUUCCAAGUGUAUGUCGUUUCGAAAAGUCCUUUGAAAUGGCUACUCAAAAAAACUUUGAAUUUCUUGAAAAAUCAAAUUUGAUGAAUACAAAAUAUAUCUUUUAAAAGAAAAUGACAUAAUUCGCGAAUUAAAUUUCUCCUCUACCUUUCUACAAUAAAAAUAAUGUCCAGAAUAUUUCAAAUCCAUUUAAGUUUAUGUAGAAGUUUCACCCAUUACAAAACACCUCAAAGCAGAAUAUUUGAUAAGCAUUAUGUAAACUUCUUGACACCCGCUAGUUAUGUGAAUCACCCGAGUCGAGAAUCGGCAACAGAAGCUCCAAGCGUACAUCAAACAAGGCCUCAUAAACCUAAAAUUGAACCAGCAUGGAGACCCACACCAUCUACCGACAAAACAAAUAUCAUUCAGCAUUAUUUAAAGUUAUCAAAAAUAAGAUUAACAACUUUGGUCGUAGUGACAACAAUGGCAGGGUAUGCUAUGGCUCCAGCCCCAUUUGAAUGGACAACUUUCGCUUUAAGCAUUGCAGGCACAGGUCUCCUUUCUGGAGCAGCUAAUGCAGUUAAUCAGUAUCAUGAAGUACCAUUCGAUGCACAAAUGAACAGGACUAAACAAAGAGUGUUAGUUUGUGGAAGGUUAACUCCUCUACAUUCGAUAAUGUUUGCCUGUGCAGCUAGUGCUAGUGGUUUAGGAAUUUUGUAUUAUGGAGUAAAUGGACUUACAGCAAGUUUAGGUUUAUUGAAUUUGUUGAUUUAUACUUCCGUGUAUACACCUAUGAAAAGGAUAAGUAUUUUGAAUACUUGGGUUGGCUCUAUAGUUGGAGCUAUUCCCCCACUAAUGGGAUGGGCUGCUUGUGCCAACGAACUGGGCCCUGGUGCUUUCCUUAUGGCAGCUCUGUUGUAUAGUUGGCAAUUUCCGCACUUCAACGCACUGUCCUGGAAUCUUCGUCCCGACUAUUCCAGAGCUGGAUACCGAAUGAUGGCUGUUACAGAUCCUGGUUUAUGCAGAAGAGUAGCUCUGAGGCAUACAGUAGCAUUAGAAGCUAUGAGUAUUGCAGCUCCGCUUUUAGAUGUCACAAAUUGGUGGUUUUUGUUGGAAGCCACGCCAUUGAAUUUAUAUUUUAUUUAUUUAGCUUACCGGUUUUACAAAGAUUCAUCUAGUGCAACUUCAAGAAAAUUAUUUAGAUAUUCUUUAAUCCAUCUACCGCUGCUUAUGAUUUUAUUUUUAAUCAACAAGAAAAAGUGGUUUGUUUUCCAAGAAAAGGAUACCAAUGAGAUUUUAGAGAACAAAAAUGAUGUACAAAAUGUAGAAUAAAAAUAAAAAUAAAUUAUUUAUUUUUUAA